GGGACCGAGGAUCCCAGUGAACUAUGGCGACCACAGCAAACCCAUCUACUCGCUCUCUCGAUCUCUCUUUUUGCCUUGCAUUGCAGAGCAAUUUCAUCGCAUGAGACUGAUUGAUUGAAGUUGAAUGCUGUGAUUGCGGCACCAGGGACCAUGACGCAGGGGCUGCUGAAGAAUCGCUACUGGGUACUCCGGCAUGGUCGCAGCGUUCCAAACGAAGCUGGCCUCAUCGUCUCGCAUUUGAGUAAUGGAGUUUUGCCGAAUUAUGGGCUCGCUCCCUCGGGAUUCUUACAAGCAGAAGCAGCGGGGGCAUUGUUCCUGAAGGAACUGGAGAUGGCUGGGAUUCCACUCGACCAGGUUCGAAUUUUUGCAUCACCCUUCAGUAGAACAUUAGAGACCGCAAAGGUCGUGGCUGAUUCAAUGGGUGUUCUCAUGAACGCAAAACCUACAAUAAAGUUCCUUGAAGAAUUACGGGAGCGGUACUUUGGUCCUCCUCUGGAGCUUCAGAGCCACGAACAUUAUCCCGAGAUAUGGGCUAUUGAUGCUAUCGACCCACUGGUCGGACCCGAUGGAGGGGAAAGCGUAGCUGAUGUUGCAAUUCGAGUUUCUGAAGCUAUCAUGCAGAUGGAAUCCGAAGUGCAAGGGUGUGGGGUUUUGGUGGUUAGUCAUGGUGACACGCUUCAGAUCUUGCAAACUGUCACGUAUGCCGCUUUAGCUACAAUGUCUAGUGCAGGGGAUGGAACCCUAGCUUCUCUUUUUGCUGAUGCCAUUACCAGACCGGUUCUGUCACGACACCGUGAAUAUUCUCUGCUUACAGGAGAGCUUCGUCGACUAGCUGAACCUGUCAAAGACAUCUGACUGCGUCUACACUGUUCUGUGGGUGACAGGAAGUCCUACACAUGUUACGGUAUUCUUGUGUCUUCGGUCUAUCGGCAGGUUAAAACUUUGGUAUAUCAACAAUUAGAACUUUAAAUUGUUGAAAUCCACCAUGUGAGCAGGAUGUAGCUUUUGUACUUCAUAUUCGAGGAUGGUUAAAUCGUGUCAUUCAUAUUACACGAGAAUAAUUCAAUCAUAGUUCAGGAUCGCUUACCCUUGGAACACCUUUGAGAAUCAUGGUGCCGCGUUGAGUUAUCAAGGGUGAGCAUGAGGUCUUAGUACAGUGGGUCACGGUCAUGUGCCUUAUAACAAGGGAUGCGAUGGAGCAUACGUUGACUGUAUACACCGCUAUAACUUGUAGUGUUUCUUCCGCUCUUAAUCUCCAAACGCAACUUCAUAUCAAUUGCAAUAGAUUCGUGCAACCAAAUUUCUCUUUCA